AUGGACAAGGGCAUCCCGGACCAUGCUGAUGCGGUGAGCACCCGUCGCAUCGAUUAUCGCUGCUCGUUUGUUUCCUGCGUGCCCUCCCUUUCCCAUGCCCGCGCCGCUGUGCCCCUCCCUCCUCCUCCUCCUCCUCCUCCUCCUCCUCCUCCUCCUCCUCCUCCGCUGCUGCCGACGGGUGCCCCCAAAGCCAAGGGGGGGGCCGAAAACGGUUAA